UUGGUGUCAAGUGUAUAUCAGUGUGACGUCUUAUUAUACACUCACUGCCUCUCUUCCCUCCCCCAUCUCAGCUUACCUGCAUAUACGCUAACCAAAAAUGUCGAUUCCUAAAGAAAACUUUGUUGGCCUAGCCAUAAGAGAUAGCACCCUGGGCAAUAACAACAACAAUAACAACAGCCACGAUAACAUGUCUUAUCAUGACCAACAUCUUGACGCUUACGACAGUGACGAAGACUUGUCUCAUUCUGUCAACUCGCUCAAUUUCUCCACUACUGAAGAUAGAUUCAUGAGGGACCAUGACUUGAAAGUGAGAACUUUUGAAGCAUUGAAGACCAUGGGAGGUACUACCGGUACUAGCCCUGGACAAGACAAUGCCAAUCCAUUCAUGCCUGGUCUGCUGCCAAAAGCUAAGAGAAGACCUUCAAUGAUUGACUUGCCUCAUAAAAGUAUUCACUUUCACCCCUUAUCUGGACCGCUCGCCAAUGCCAUCCCUGAAGAAUACCCAUCGGAUGAAUUGAUUGAAUUCUAUCAACAUGUUAAAGAGUGCUUAGAACUUAGACACAAGUAUUUGGAUUUUUCUAUUCAAAAGGAUGAGAUCAGCAACCCAAAGAACCAACCCGACUGGAAGAUUUACCCCCCACCACCUAAACCAUUCUACAAAUCCAAGAACAAGUUCAAUCAAAUUCCAAAUGAAUACGAUGAUGAACCAGAAGAAGAAUUCGAUUUUUCCAAAGUGGAAAUUCCUGAAGUUAAAGACAGCCCUUACUAUUUCACCCUCAACGACGAGGAUGUUUUUCAAGUGUAUGACAAAAAGUCCGAUAAGCCAUUGGUGAAGAUUCCAACUUUACAUGAGUUUUACUCCGACUUGAACAAAAUCACCAAGAUUUCGUCCGAUGGACCUACCAAGUCAUUUGCAUUUAAUAGACUUCAAUACUUGGACGCAAAAUGGAAUAUGUACUAUCUCAUGAAUGAGUUUGAAGAAAGCAAGCAAUCAAAAAGAAACCCUCAUCGUGAUUUCUACAAUGUUCGUAAAGUGGAUACCCACAUCCAUCAUUCUGCUUGUAUGAACCAGAAACAUUUAUUGAGAUAUAUCAAGUAUAAAUUAAAGACUAAACCGGACGAGCAAGUUAUCUUCAGAGAUGGCAAGAUUUUAACCUUGGCCCAAGUAUUUGAAUCGUUAAAGUUGACUGCGUAUGACUUGUCUAUUGAUACAUUGGAUAUGCACGCUCACACCGAUUCUUUCCAUAGAUUUGACAAGUUUAAUUUGAAAUAUAAUCCAAUUGGAGAAUCGAGAUUGAGAGAAAUAUUUUUAAAGACUGAUAAUUUCAUUGAUGGGAGAUACUUGGCUGAAUUGACCAAACAAGUGUUUGACGAUUUGGAAAGUUCCAAGUAUCAAAUGGUGGAAUUGAGAAUUUCAAUUUACGGUCGUUCCAUCCACGAAUGGGACAAAUUAGCUGCCUGGAUCAUAGACAACAAGUUAUACAGUCACAAUGUCAGAUGGUUAAUUCAAGUGCCAAGAUUGUACGAUUUGUACAAGAAGAAUGGUAAUAUUAAGUCAUUCCUCUGUGUCAUGAAGAACUUGUUUGAACCAUUAUUUGAAGUUUCGUUGAAUCCAAAAUCCCACCCUAAAUUACACGCAUUCUUACAAAGAGUCAUUGGGUUUGAUUCAGUUGAUGACGAGUCCAAGACGGAAAGACCAUUCCAUUCCAAAAAAUAUCCAAGUGCUGGAGAAUGGGAUAGUAUCACCAACCCGCCAUAUUCGUAUUACUUGUACUACCUUUAUUCUAACAUGACUACCUUGAAUCAUCUUAGACUCAAGAACAACUUGAACACAUUUGUGUUGCGACCACAUUGUGGGGAAGCGGGUGAUCCUGAGCAUUUAAUCAGUGCUUUCCUUACCAGUUAUGGUAUUUCCCAUGGUAUUUUAUUGAGAAAGUUGCCAUUUAUCCAAUACUUGUACUAUUUGGAUCAGAUUGGUAUUGCCAUGUCGCCACUUUCCAACAAUGCAUUAUUCUUGACGUACGACAAGAACCCAUUCCAUAAUUUCUUCAAAAAGGGGUUGAAUGUUUCGUUAUCCACUGAUGAUCCCUUGCAAUUUUCGUACACCAAGGAGCCAUUGAUUGAAGAGUUCUCGGUGGCAGCGCAGAUUUAUAAAUUAUCCGGGGUUGAUUUGUGUGAAUUGGCCAAGAAUUCGUGUUUGCAGUCAGGAUGGGAAGCUAACAUUAAGAAACACUGGUUAGGUAAGAGUUACAUGGAUGGAGGUGUUGCUGGUAAUGAUAUUGAAAAGACCAAUGUUCCUGACAUUAGAAUGAAGUACCGUGAGGAAACACUCAAGAGUGAAUUGCAACUAAUUGAGAAAUACAAUGGGAUGACAACGGCUCGAGAAUAAGUUGGCUUUAUUGUUUAAUAUUUUUUUUUUUUUGCUUUUUCUUGAUAAGCGCAUUAGGUUGUAUGCGUUUACACGGGAACAUAAAUUCAAUUGAAAAUUUUUUGAAGAUUGCUUUAACUUAUGUAGAUUUCAAGUAGAAAUAAAUUCGUUCGUUCAGUUACGUUGCUCUUUAUCAUUCAAAUAUGAAGGCAACGGUAUACAAGUUGAAAAAAGUCGAUGGGAUUCCUAAAACGGUGUUGCCCGCCGUGUUGACCAUUGCGGGAUCAGAUAGUUCCGGUGGGGCAGGAAUUGAAGCUGAUUUGAAAACGUUUACUGCGUUCCAAGUCUACGGAAUGACAUGUAUGGCGGCUCUUACGGCUCAGAACACCACCGGAGUCAAGUCGUUCGAAAAGACCCCACAGCCAUUUGUUAAACAGAUUUUGGAUAUGGUGUUGGAAGACAUGUUGUAUGGAUAUGGGAAGGACGGCGAUGCCCCCCUCAAAGCAAUAAAAACGGGGAUGUUGACUUAUGAAGCAAUUGUUGAACUUGAACAACAUUUGCCAAGAUUGAAAGAAUACGGGGUCAAGAUUGUCAUGGAUCCAGUUAUGGUCAGCACCUCUGGGUCUAAAUUGUUUGAU